UAUUUCCAUGUCAGUAUCGUCUAUCCCAUGUUGUGUUUUUAAUACCAUAUGCGUUAAUUGAAGGUGAAAGCGGUCAAGAAGACGAAGACAGCCCAGAAUUUGGGCACGCCGACCAACAUAGCAGCAGCAUACAGGAGCGGAUCGUUAUUGAUAAGAGUUCGGUGGAAGAAGCGAAAAAAUCAAAAGAAAAAGCGAAGCAACUGGAAAACUUAUGUAUCGAUGAGAAGCAGAUUGAUGAAAAAGUGGUGGACGAAGUUGCAGUGGAAGAGGAAGAUGAUGAGUGGGAAUCACUAUCUGUUGAUCUUCGGGAAUCCAAUAUUCACAGUUCAGCUAAACCGUCGACCUCACUGGAUCUGGAAGAUAUUGUAGCACUGGACGUUAGUGAGACGAAACCGGCCAGAGCGGAUGUUGAACAGCGAUGGAACAAAAUUGCUGAUUCGUUGCUUUUGGAUGCACUGCUGAAAUAUUGA